GGCUUCUUCUCUCGACCAUGGACACGAGUUUCGUUCUUCGCGUGUGGAAGUAAGCGACUGGACUUUACAGAUGAAGUUACACGUUCCCACGUAGACCUGAGCUGCAGCUCAACCAGCGCAACAACAGUCCUCUUAAGGAGGAAUGCCAGCUCCUGAGCAGAGCCCAGUGACGGAGGAGGGGCUUCUGCUGACCAUUUGCGACGCUUCAACUGGCCGCAAAAUGGAGAGCGACAACACCGCCAAUAACAUCCUGGCCUCCGUCAAAGAACAGGAGCUUCAGUUUGAGCGGCUAACCAGGGAGCUGGAAGUGGAGAGGCAGAUUGUGGCCAAUCAGCUGGAAAGAUGCAGACUUGGGGCCGAGUCACCAGGCGCUGGUAGCAGCAGCUCAUCUGAGAAAUCUCUACCAUGGAGAACAGCAGGGGACACCAAGUCUCGAGUGACUGACAGCUCCCAGUCGCCCAGCUAUCGCAUCAGGACUGGGUCAGAGCAGGUGUCUCUGUACUCCCCGGAGCAGUCUUCCCUUCAUGAAAGUGAGGGGUCUGCAGGGAACUCGUGUGGCUCAGCUCAGAUGAACUCUUACUCCGACAGUGGCUAUCAGGAUGCCAGCAGCGGCUACCUCAGUGGUCAGAACCAUGCCAAGGCAGAACUGAAGGUGCAGCACUCCUUCCCCGGAGCCGGCACCGGCACUUUGGGGCGGAAUGCCAGGGCAGAGGGGCAGGCUUCAGCCCAGCUUCCAGCAGUCACCACAGCCCAGCCUGGUCGUGCUAUGCGAAGGGUUUGUUCAGUGCCUUCUCGCUCUCACUCGCCAGCCUAUGCCACCAGUGUUUCCCCCUCCCGCGGCUCGCUGCGCACCUCUGUCGGCAGCGCCUAUGGCUCCCCCAUCGUUACUGAACCCAAACCUUAUUCCAGCAUCUUCUCCACAACCCUGCCCUCCGUGCAGCGUGCCGGCAGCAUCGGCGGUGGUAGCUCGCCCUACGCUACCCAGAAGAACUCCCCCCUAGGAAUGCGCCGGGUGAACUCCACAAACUCGCGAUCCGGUGGCCGCGCCGCCUCGUCCUACCCGACCUCCGCCGGGUCAUCGUCAGGCGGCAUGGGCUCGCCUCUGACAAUGGUGGACAAUAUCAACCCUCCACUGACAAAGCAGCCCGGUCACUCUUCAUCUCCUGUCAGAGCUAGCAUGACUGCUGUGCCCCAGCAUUACAGCUCCACCCUGCCUCGCUCCAUGCUCCACAGCACCGACCCCUACGGACCUCAGAGUUACGACAUUUAUGAGAGGAUGACGCGACCCGACAGCCUGGCAGAUGCCCUCAUUGACGGAGACAUCAAAGGAAUACGGAGCUCAUAUGCCAGUCAGCACAGCCAGCUCGGACAGGAAAUUAGGUCCACCAUCUCCCCAGACCGCCACAUUGCACCCAUUUAUGAAGAUCGGACAUUUCAAGGUCCGUUGUACCGCAGCCCCAGCCACACCCAGCAGGGGACCCUCUACAGGAGUCCUUCAGGUGUGGGAAGCCUGAAGAGGACAUCCAGCCAGCGUAGUGCAAUGACUUACCAAAGAAACAACUAUGCUCUGAACACAGCAGCCACCUACGCUGAUCCGUAUCGUACGGCGCAGUACAGGCCCCCCGACGCGACCUACGCUCGUCAGCCUCUCYUCGUGGAUGACGACGCCACCCGAUCACCUUCCAUAGACAGCAUUCAGAAAGAUCCCAGAGAGUUUGCAUGGCGUGACCCGGAGCUGGCAGAGGUAAUCCAGAUGCUCCAGCAUCACUUCCCCUCGGUCCAGGCCAACGCAGCUGCCUACCUGCAGCACCUGUGUUUUGGAGAUAAUCGAGUUAAGAGUGAGGUGGGUCGACUGGGAGGAAUUAAACACCUGGUGGACCUGCUCGACCACAAAGUCGUCGAAGUCCAAAGGAACUCGUGUGGAGCYUUGAGAAACCUUGUUUACGGCAAAGCGAUGGACGACAACAAGAUCGCCGUUAAAAACGCGGGAGGUAUUCCAGCGCUGCUCCGCCUGCUGAGGAAAACGGUAGACGCAGAAGUCCGGGAGCUCGUCACAGGGGUGCUGUGGAACCUCUCGUCGUGCGACGCCGUCAAGAUGACAAUCAUCCGGGACGCCUUAUCGACUCUGACCAACACUGUGAUCAUCCCUCACUCUGGCUGGAGCAGCUCCACUUUCGACGACGACCACAAGCUGAAGUUCCACUCCUCCCUGGUGCUGAGGAACACCAGCGGCUGUCUGAGGAACUUGAGUUCAGCUGGCGAGGAGGCCAGAAAACAAAUGCGUACUUGUGAGGGCCUGGUUGACUCACUGCUAUACGUCAUCAAAGCCUGCGUAAACACCUCUGACUUCGACAGCAAGAUUGUGGAGAAUUGCAUUUGCACUCUAAGGAACCUUUCCUAUCGUCUGGAGCUGGAGAUGAUGCCGUCCCGACUGAUGGGUGGACACGAGCUGGACGGCUUCCUGGGCAGGGAGUCGCCCAGUAAAGAGGUGGACUCCAGCUGCUGGGGUAGGAAAAAGAAGAAGAAGAAGAACGGCUUGCAGGAAGACUUGUGGGAUGGUGUGGGACCAAUUCCAGGCUUCUCCAAGUCUCCCAAGGGGGCAGAGAUGUUGUGGCACCCUUCAGUGGUUAAACCUUACUUGACUCUGUUGGCUGAGAGCUCCAAUCCUGCUACUCUGGAGGGUUCAGCUGGAUCCCUUCAGAACCUGUCAGCUGGCAACUGGAAGGUACAUCGAUAUACAUCUAAAGCAAUUUUCCUGUGUGACAUGAAGAGCGUUCUGACGUUUGAGUGRCUCCUACAUGUACAGUUUGCAGCGUACAUCCGUGCAGCUGUUCGUAAAGAGAAGGGCCUGCCCAUCCUGGUGGAACUGCUGCGGAUGGACAACGACAGGGUGGUGUGUUCAGUCGCCACUGCUCUGAGAAACAUGGCGUUGGACAUCAGGAACAAGGAGCUCAUAGGGAAGUACGCAAUGAGGGACCUGGUGAACCGCCUCCCUGGAGGAAACACCUCCCUGCUGUCGGACGAGACCGUGGCAGCCGUCUGUUGCACCCUGCACGAGGUCACCAGCAAAAACAUGGAAAACGCGAAGGCUCUGGCCGACACGGGCGGCAUCGAGAAGCUGGUCAACAUCACCAAGGGCAGAGGAGACAGAUACUCGACGAAGGUGGUGAAAGCCGCAGCUCAGGUGCUGAACACACUAUGGCAGUACAGGGAUCUGCGAACCAUUUACAAAAAGGACGGGUGGAACCAAAACCAUUUCAUCACACCCGUGUCAACACUUGAGAGGGACAGGUUCAAGUCCCAGCCCACUCUCCCUACCAGCACCAUUCAGAUGUCUCCAGUCAGCCACCCCGCCGCCAGUGCCACAUCAUCUCCUGCAAUGCUGGGCAUCAAAGAGCAUAGAGACUCCAUCAGAGACUAUCAGAGACCUCAGUCAACUAUGCAAUUUUAUAAUUACCAAGGAGACGGCAGUAUUCACAGAAAACAGUAUACAGGGUCUGGCAAACCGUCUCCGUAUUACUACUCAUCACCCACAAGGGAGGAGCCCAGAAGAACACAGCCUGUGUAUUACACAGAUGAGCCCAGCAGGAGGAACUACGAUACCUACAGAAUGUACCUGCAGCACCCUCAUGGCUACAACGACACAUUUUUAGAAGAAGUCAUCACCUACCCUCCUACAGUGGACUACCAGCCUCACGGACUGAAAUCCACAGCUAACUACGUGGAUUAUUACACGAGCACACGGAGGCCUUCGUACCGAUCUGAGCAGUACCCGGGUUCUCCUGACUCCUGGGUAUAAUUGUGAAGACAUUUAUGUUGCCAUUCAAGAACUUCCAUCCACCCCUCGGUCUCAUUUUUGGGGGUAUAAGGGGUGAUGAAAAACAAAAAAGAAAGAAGAAGCACAUGAGAAAUAUUUUUCAUGAACCAGUCUUUGGAAGUGUGUUUGUUUUCAAGUGGAUGUGCGUGUUUGGAGGAGGAGUUCACCUGAGCGGUUGCAGAUGGAGAGACGGGAUGUGUGCCAAAGAGGGAAAUCAAGGAAUGUUUUUUUUUAAAGAAUAUUUUCUUUUAGCAGAAGACGAUGGAAUCAUGCUGGGCGGGGGAGACCAUAUUGGACACUACCGUGAGAGAAGUCAUGUCGUGUGUAGAUACUAGUUUUAUUUUCUUUAAGGAACUCGUAACUGUGAUAGCAUGGUUAAAGGUGUGAGUUGUGUAAGCGAGGGUCCGAGGUAAGAGUCAAAAUGUGGGGGGAUGUGUAUGUGCUGAAGCCAAGAUGAAUUAUGAACUCACCUGUAAAAAGACAAAAGAAUAAUUAACGAUAGACUGUACAGAGGGAUGAGAUUAUAUCUGUACUUUAGUGUUGAAACUGUGUAAUGCCAUGGAGUCUUGUACAUUUCUUUAAUUUUAUUGUAAAUACAGAGAACACCUCAGCACUGGUUUAAAAAAUGAAAUAACUUGUGCCAUGUUAAAGCUCUAAAGGUGUAUAGUUACACAAAUAUGUGGAAAAAAGAUGGCAUCAUAAUCAUGUUAAAUAAAUAAAAGGUCAGUUUUGUUUUUUAAA